UCCUGCGCGGAAGUUUGAACCUUUGUUCGUCGCGUUCGAUGUACUUCUAGCAGUUGAAACGAGGAAACCUUUCAUGGCUCUUAGCGCAACUAAUUUACGUUCUGCUCAACGUGUUCGGAAUAGAACGGGUGAACUCCACAGCAAGGGACAAGCAUGCCUGAAGUUCUGCGUGAUGCUUCUGAUGUUGCAAUGUUUCGGUCCUUCUACUCACUGCUUCGACCAGGUGUGCUACCUUCCAGCUCCGACAUCACCUGAGGCACUGCCCCUGGCUAUGGUCAAUGUGAGUCUUUGUAGCCACAUCAUCAUGGGCUUCGCCACGGUCGGUCAAGACUACAGCGUCGACUUGGAUCCCCUUGGGGGUCAGAAAGCACUCGCAUCAUUGGCUGUUUUACGGAAGCGCAAACCAACGCUGAAGCUUAUGAUGUCGGUCGGAGGAGGAGACAUCUUCAAGGGAAUGGUUUCCUGUGCGUCCCGCCGCCAGCGAUUUAUCAACUCCACGGCCUGGGCACUGCGGACAGCAGACCUUGAUGGGCUUGACCUGGAUUGGGAGUUUCCUUCGCCCAAGGAUGCCGCCAAUUUCGUCCUCCUCCUGGAGAAAACCAAUGCCUAG